CUAACGAGUAAUUUACACCCAUCGAAUUUGUAUCGAAUUUAAUAAUUCGAUGAAGGAUACAAUCGAUUGCAGCCGUUGCGCCCAACACCCAAGAAAGGAUUGAACGACAAACAAUGGAACAGAUCGAGGACAACUUGCAAAGCAUACCGUAUCUCCUACUUCUCAACUCUUCUGUUCCUGUAGUCUAAACGCACCUUGGACAGCUCCAUUACCUUUCUUGAUCCUACCGGCCGGCCCUUGAGCAACUAAAAUCCCAAGAAGCAAUGCUCUACUCUGUGAUUCUCCCCACGUACAAUGAAAGGGAAAAUUUGCCCAUCAUUUUCUACCUCCUUCACACCACCUUUACAAAUGCCAAGCUCAAUUACGAAGUGGUGAUUGUGGAGGAUUCAUCUCCCGAUGGGACACUCCAAGUAGCGGAACGCAUUCAAGAAUCGUUUGGCAAAGAUCAUGUCACAAUUAUUUCUCGAAAGGGAAAAUUGGGAUUAGGUACUGCCUAUGUGGCUGGACUGAAAGAAGCCAAGGGCGAUCGCAUCAUCAUUCUCGAUGCCGACAUGUCACACCACCCCAAAUUUAUCCCCGAAAUGAUCAAGGUCAUGGACGAACAAAAGGUGGACAUUGUCACUGGUACUCGCUAUGCCGGAAAUGGCGGUGUGGCGGGAUGGGAUACCUACCGCAAAUUGACCUCCCGGACGGCCAAUUUCUUGGCUGACUUUUUGCUCGAUCCGGGCGUGUCGGAUUUGACGGGGAGUUUUCGAUUGUACGAAAAGGCUGCCAUUCAAAAGGUACUGCCCAAGGUAGAAUCCAAAGGAUAUGCCUUUCAAAUGGAAGUCGUCGUACGGGCCCGACAAAUGGGAAUGUCCUUUGCCGAAGUGCCCAUUUCGUUUGUGGAUCGAAUCUAUGGAGAGUCCAAGUUAGGCGCCAAUGAAAUUGUCCAGUACUUGAAAGGACUCUUGAAAUUGUUCUUUACCACUUAGUUAGAGAGGAGGUACUGUACUGAUUACGAGACGACUGUUCGUGGUGGAAUUUUAAAAGCAACAAUUAACUGUAAUCUUAGAUGCCGCAUGGCGAUAGGCUUUAAAUGCCUUGGAUUUGCCAAUAGGCAUGGGCAUUCAAACAGCGAUAGUUGGCUAUGGUAACAAAGGUUUAGAAAUAGCCAGACAUAUUCACCUGC